AUGGAAGCUCAGAUCACCGGAGGACUCUUCGGCAAGGUGGCGAUGACGCCAAUAGAGAGGCUUGGGGUGUGGAAUCUAGUCCAAAGGUUAAGAGGUAGAAAAUCUGGCAAUUAUGAAAAUAUGGGAACUAGGAGUGGAUCACAGCAGAGAUUUGAGCACCUAAAAGUCAAUUUGAAGCAGGACCGUGACACCUGUGACCUAAGAAAUUCAGAGAAUCAAAAUAAGAAAGUUCAUGUAAAAGACACAAAAGCAACCAACGAGAAUGCCAAAAAUUUUGGGAAGGAAAAUCAAAACAAUAUUAGUGGUGUUUUUGAUGCGAAGGAUUGUUCGAAUCCUUCGAAAGUUAUUAUUGUUGGUAAAAGUGGACGAGGAAGGUUCAGAACAAUCCAGAGGGCUAUUAACUCCAUUCUAAUCCACAACACUGGAUGGAUUCACAUACGAAUUUCUGCGGGAAAUUAUUCGGAAAAAGUGACAAUACCAAUGAACAAACCAUGCAUUUUUCUUGAAGGAGCAGGAAGUUCUUCUACAAUUGUUCAAUGGAGUGAUCAUCAACAAACAGCUCAAAGUUAUACUUUUGAGUCUAAUGCACCUAACGUUAUAGCCAAGGGCAUCGCAUUCCAGGGAACUCUGCCAGCAUCAGCAGGAGCAGUAAGAGGAGACAAAAGCGCAUUCUAUGAUUGUGUCUUCAAAGGAGUUCAAGACACUUUAAUGGAUGAUACGGGUCGCCAUUAUUACCAUAAUUGCUACAUUCAAGGCGAAACUGAUUUCAUUUUUGGAAAAGGCCAAUCCCUCUAUGAGAAUUGCACAAUCUAUUUUAAAGCGGGGCCAGAUGGUCGGGAGGGUGCGAUAGCAGCACAAAAGAGAGAAUACAUUGAAGAAACAAAUGGAUAUGUGUCCAAUGGAUGCCACGUGGAUGGAAUUGGAAAAGCCAUCCUUGGCAGAGCUUAUGGCGCAUAUUCUAGGGUCAUUUUUGCCAAUUCCUAUCUCUCUCGUGUGGUUGACCCCGUGGGUUGGAAUGCUUGGAAUCAGCACAACCUGUAA